UGGUCUCCCCAGACCCUGCAUUCACUAUAUCUGGUCUCCCAGGACCCUGCAUUCACUAUAUCUGGUCUCCCAGGACCCUGCAUUCACUAUAUCUGGUCUCCCCAGACCCUGAAUUCACUAUAUCUGGUCUCCCCGGACCCUGCAUUCACUCUAUCUGGUCUCCCCAGACCCUGCAUUCACUAUAUCUGGUCUCCCCGGACCCAGCAUUUACUAUAUCUGGUCUCCCGCAGUACACACAACAUGGAAAUGCACUCUCUCAAGGAAAAAGAAACCUCUCUAGCAAUACACACCACACUGAGCAUGGGCAUGUGGCUACGGGUUCAGUCUGUCUUAUCAGGAGAUAAG